AUGGAGCUUAUGGGAUCUACCUUGACGGCGACCUACGCCCGACCAAAAACCAGCCACUUCCUCCCAGCCAUCUCCACCAUGGCGUCCAGUUAUCGCAACACCCAGCCCGCUUUAGCCAUGAACCCCAGUGCCAACAUGUGGAGGAUCAACAGCUACUUCAAGGGCAGCAACACAAUCCCAACUCCACCUUCCACCGCCCAGAGAGAGAAUUUAGACCUGGUUCGAGCCAAGACCAUGUUCUACCCAUCCAACAGGACAGCGCUGUCGACCCGCUACACUCCUGAUGACUGGUACAGGUCCAACCAGAGCAACUACAGGGACUCCGAGUCGUCCCGGAAAAGUGCAGAAAGGCUGCGGAGGGACACCAUCAGGCUGAUGCAGGAUAGAGAGCAGCUGACCAGACGGACUCAGGAGAACACCAGCAAGAACAUCGGAGAGAGGCUGACUGACAUCAUCUUCUGGAAGUCUGAGCUGAGCCACGAAAUUGACAACAUGGUGACGGAGAUAGCAGCCCUCACCGAGGUCAAGAGGAGGCUGGAGAGGGCUUUGGCAGAGACUGAAGGUCCCCUUCAGGUGAGGAAAAGGAAAUAUAUUCUGAUUAGCAUGAAAGCUUAAGUUUCUCGUCUCUUGACAGCCAUAUAAGACUUUUUUGUUUGUGCAAUCGCAGUAUCAACCACGCAUAUCUUGUCUCCAGGAGCAUCGGUAUCUGGGGUGAAACAGUUUUGACUCAGGCUUAGUUUGGUUGUAGCAACAGUAUCUGUCCGUUCUUAGGUCACGCAAGUGUCUUGUUAAAGUGUCACUGAUCAUUUGUGUGGGUCAACCUGAUCUGGCUCGAGAUCUGAUAACACUGACUCCUUGUUGGGCUAAGAUCAUGUGGCAGAAGGCUUUCUCUGGGACUUCGCCACGUAACUGAAACGGGAGAGCGUGGCUGAAACGCUGCAUUGGUUAUAUAGAGUCAAAGAAGGGUGAUCUGGGUGUCUUUGUCGUUUCAACUGAACUGUUAGUUCUAGUCUUGAUUAUAUGAAGACGAGGGGCUGGGCAUGAAAUUGUAAAAUCUUGAGGUUUGGCUGAUUGAACUCUCAGGUUUGGGCACUGUAGCAAGGAGUUAGUAACUCAUCAAAAGUUAGGAAGAUCAGCAUUUCCAACAUGGCUAAUGGGUGACAUCACUGGAACAUGUUUUACACAGUUCAUGUAAGUUUGGUUGAUUCCUGACCAUGUCAAGACCUAAUUCUGGUGACCUUAGCAAUCCUUGAAAUAGACUUGUCUUGAUUAUUCUGUCAACAGGUGUCUCAAGAGUGUUUGUACCACAGAGAGAAGAGGAUGUCCAUCGAUCUGGUUCAUGACGACGUAGAAAAGGACCUCAUAAAGGUAACACGAACCCAGCACUUACAAAUGUGACUUGAAGAGGAAAAGAAAUAAGCAGACUGUAUCUUUACCUUUGAUUUAACAAGGAAGUGGAAGUCAUCAAGUCAUGUCAAGAAAGAAUGAGGCGACACUUGGACAGAGCCAUCGCUCAGCUGGCGUGAGUCAGAGGAAUUCGUCACGAUUACCUCCAGAACCUUGAACGUUAAUCUCCAUCUGAUUUGACAUAUCUCUACUGGUUCCCUCAGAUCAAACCGGGCCGCCCAGCAUGAACUGGAAAGAGACAUAAGUGACAAAGUGACGGCUCAGAGGAUCGACGACAGGUGUCACCAUCUCAGGAACACAUCGGACGGUAUCGGCUACUACAGAGGCAUCGAAAGGCUGGACCCUUCGUAAGUCACCAUACAAUACAGCUGCUAAAAGUCUCUCCAGUUUGAUUGAACUCUCCUGCAAUAUGAGUCUGGAAAGGAAAAAAAAACCUCAAUUUUAGCCAGUGUCGUUGUCAAAUCACCAAACCACCGUUGCUAUUCAUCUCUCCAUCAGACUCUCCCUGCCGGACUCGUGGUCCAAGUUCACCGACGACAACAUCCUGCACUCUCAGAGCGAGCGAGCCACCUCCCACAAACUCAGGGACGAGAUAGAGAUCCUGAUGAACACCACGUCCAACGAGAUGUGGAGCCGGUUCAACAACGUCAACGUCGCCUUCACAAACCGCAUAUCAGAGACCGCUGACGCCAAGAACAGCCUGCAGACGCACCUGGCCAAGGUCAACACCUUCGCCGCACACUCUUGUUUCAUACAAACAUUUGCAGUAUUGUUGAGUUCAUGUGACAAGAGCGUUAAGUCUUGUUUGGUUGAUUUGUACCUAAUUUUGGCGUCAUUGAUUGGAGUCUGUCUUGGCUCCAUUAUGAGAUAAGUCCAAUAGUUGGAUGAAAAUGAGGGCGAAAAUGGAAAAACCAAUUGGACAAUGUCAUGGAAAAAGACAAAAUCCUUUCAUUCUCUUCUAUUACCCAACAGAAAGGACCAGUUUGCACCACUUGUGCAUUUUUUAAGCAAUACCAAGGACAAAAUUUUCUACACAUAAGUGCAGUACCGGAAACGUAAAAUUAGAUACAUCCACACUGUCUUCUACAGGGUCUUUGAGUUGUAAAACAAUCCUGUCAUGAUGAAAGAAUAGUAACAGAUUCCUGUUUUUGCUUGUGCCAUAUCUACACUGGACUCCAUUGUAGUUGGGUUACCCUCUGAGUCCACAUCAGCUGUUGUAUGGGUUUGAAUUCUAACAGCAGCUGUGAUAAGAUGCACACUGUCCUUAAUAAACCACAGGCGCUGUCCAUUUAAAGGAGUCGUGAUUCACAGGAAUUAGAUUACAUCAAAUGAGUUUGCACAGAGCAGGCUACUGUGCCGCGCUCGUUCAGCUGAUUCCAGGACUUAAAUGUGCAGCUUUUCCACUAAUGUUUUUCCCAUUCUAGUAACCAUCUCUCAUGCUUGAGACACAGAGGGUUUACUAUACAGACCCAAAAGUGAACAGCUUUUGUCAUAUCCGUCUCAGACCCUUCAAGAGAUCUACCAGACAGAGAUGCUGAUUGAGACUCUGAAGAAGGCCCUCAGAGAUAAGGAGUGUCCGCUGAAAGUGGCCCAGACCAGGCUGGAGGAGAGGACCCGCAGGCCAAAUGUGGAGCUCUGCAGAGACAACCCACACCACAGGUAGAGCAGCUCUUCACAUGUAUUUUUAUAAAUGAAGCAGCAAUACGUAAAUGCUAAAAUUUGUCCCUGUUUGUGUUCAGACUCGUGAGUGAGGUGAGAGAGAUCGAGGACACCAUCCUGAAGCUCCAGGAGCGGCUGAUGGAGGCCGAGAACACUCUGCACACUCUGGUGAAGACCAAAGUGACCCUGGAGCAUGACCUGUCCAUCAAGGCUAACUCACUCUUCCUGGAUCAAGAGAAGUGCAUGAGCAUGCGCAAGAGCUUUCCCAGCAUGCCUCGCCUGGUGGGCUACACAUAA